UGCAAUCAUAUGAUAAACUUUUUUCGAAUGGCGAAGAAGGAACAGAAUAAAUUUCAUUAGUAAACCUGUGUUACAAAUGCAAAAGGCCUGCAUUAUGAAAAUCAGAUACAUGAUGAUCUUGUUUUGGCCCAUCUCUGUACUAUUAUCUGACAAAAGCCAGACUUCUAAAACAGAAGUCAAGUAUAACUUCACUGAAAAGAAUUACACUUUGAUUCCAGCAGAUAUCAGUAAUAAUGUUAGUAUACUUGACCUCAGUUAUAACCAAAUUACUCUGAACUUAACAGACAUCAAAGUGCUAGAGAUGUACUUUUUACUUAUUGAGCUCUACUUGAAUCAGAACAGUAUCAGUAUCUUACAUAAUAAUAGUUUUAUUAAUCUGUCCAGCCUACAAAUCUUACAUAUCUGUAGAAAUUCCAUCAAUGUAAUUCAAAAGGAUGCAUUUAUGGGCUUAAGUAAGCUAAAAGAGUUAUAUCUGUGCCAAAACAAAAUAUUACAACUGAACCCAGAAGUGUUUGUGCCUUUAAGCAACCUGAAAGUUCUCAAUCUGCAAGACAAUCUGAUGAACUACUUUGAUAGACCACAACUAUUUCAUCUGGAAUUAAUAAUUUUGUACAGAAAUCCAUGGAACUGCACUUGUAGACUAUUCAAUUUACAGAACUGGUUGAACACAUCAAAUGUAAUACUAGACUAUGAGAACCUCACUAUGUGUACCUAUCCAGACAACCUGAAGAGUUACAACAUCAAAACAGUGCCAUUUACACCUGAAUGCCACUCAAAACUGAUUUCAGCUACAAGUGAAGAUCUUUACAUUCAUUUUCAGUCCUUUAACAAUUCAACUUUUAAUAGUUAUUUAAACAAUGCAACAAGAAAUCCAGAACAUGAACCGCUUGGAAAAAGCUGGGCUUUCCUUGUUGGUGUCGUUGUCACUGUCCUGGUGACUUCCCUCCUCAUCUUACUUGCUGUCAAAUGCCCAGUCUGGUACAAGUUUCUGCUUAGUUACAAUCAUCAUCGCCUAGAAGAGCAUGAAGUGGAAACCUGUGAAGACGGCUUUAGUGCAAAUACAAAUUCUCCUUCACAGAUACCACAUAUAAACUCUGAUGACACCAUAGUAAUAUUUGAACAAUUACAUUCAUUUGCCAUAGAUGAUGAUGGGUUUAUUGAAGACAAAUACAUAGAUACCCAUGAACUAUGUGAACAAAAAUAAUGUCUUUCAUUGUUUGAAGUUUGAAAAGUACUAUCAGUCUGCUCAUAGUUUAGACAUGGAGAUUUUUAAUGUAACAAAACUACAGCUAGUAGACCUUCACCUCAGUUAGUACUAUAUAUAAAUAUAUUAAAAUUAUGUUUAAGCUGAUAUACCAUAUAGUCUGUGAAACAGAAUUGGCUCAUGUUUAUAAUACAUAUUCACUUAUGUUUCUAAAGCCAGUUUGUCUCUAUUUUUUAUUGUUAAUUUAUUUUAUAGUAGAGAAUGACUGUUAGCAAAGCAGAAUUACUCUUAAGGGGUGAAGUGGGCAGUUCCCUUAAGACAAGCUGUGCUAGCUUGGAAGAUGUUGGGGCCUGGAGGUUUAUCCAAUUAGGUAUGGUUGCUAGGUGGUCCUCCUCAAAUGGAUAGGCACUGUGCAGAGGCUGCCUGAGUGUGUACACAAGAAUAUUUGGUGAUCUUUGCUCUUCUUAUUUGAUGUUCUCUGCCCUUCCAGGUUUAACCUUGAUAUAGAGUGAGCUCCACCAGGAUAGGAGAACAUUAUCUUGAUGGCAGUAACCACUGGAGUUUUAGAAUUGUGUAUGGCAGCCUGAGGCAUUCCCUCUCUCCCUGGUUACAAUUUCUCUGUGUAGCUCUGGCUAGCUUCAAAUUCAUGGUAUAGUUCAGGUUGACCUUGAACUCCAGAACCUUUCUUUCUCCAAAGUGCUGGGAUUACAGACAUAGUUCACAACAUCCAGUUUUAAUUUUGAAAAUAAGCUAAUUAUCAGAACAUUUAUGAACACAGUCUAAACUAGUUGGCAUUUACUAUUUUUAGGCAGGUUAUAUACAAAACAUACAUUAUUUACAGAUAUGAAACAGAUUACUAAUAUAACUAUUAAUGCAAAUAAGGUAAUGUAAAUAGCCUGCUAAUAAUGUGUCUUUCAUGGACUAAAUGGAACUAAAAUAUUAUACCUCAAAUUAGUUUGAGUUAAAAUCAUAAAUGGUAUAUCUGAAGACAUCUUUAUUUAUCUUAGAUUAUUAAGUUGCUGGAACAGAACAUAUGUAUAUAAUUUGGUCAUUUUAUCUGUAUACAAUUUAGCCAUUUAGAGAUAAUUAAGAAAACAUACAUUAACAAUAAAAUUUCCAUUGUAAACAUCUAUUUUAAAUUUUAAAAGGCAAUAGGAGA